AUGACCGGUUCUUCCGAUAAUGAAAAUGACUCGCGAACCGCCUCUGUUGGCGUCCAGCGCAGCCGCUUGAACGACUCGACCGACUCGUCGCGCCCCAACUCGACGGAUCCAAACCCGCAUCCUCGAAAAAGGCAACGGAGAAAUGGUAGAUCUGCGGUGCCGGACGUGCGAGAUUUUGUCCCUCAAGGCGCGACCUUCAGCGCAGCAUCGUUAGAGGUAGAUCCGGAGAGCACGUCCAGCUCUGGCUCUGACUCGUCCGAUGGCGAUAGCGACGGGAAAUCCACUAUAUCCGAUGCAGAGAAACAGAACAGCGCGCGGACGAAUUCUCAGGCACCCGCAGUUAACUGGAACAAGGGGAGCAAGAGUGGCAUUAGGACAUCGCUAAACAGGCGAGCUGACAGAAUGGGCGAGAGCAAACAGGCUUCUCAGUUCAAGGCUGUCAACGACAAAUUCUGGCGCAGUCGCAGUGCUUCCGUGUCCAGUGAUGGUGGCGAUCAGGACGUCACGCUGGUUGAAAAUGAGGAUGACAUGGAGGAAGGCGAGCUUGACGAGGAGGCAUCGGCAGAGUCAAGUGACAUGGAUCAAUCUGGAGAUUCGGAUGACUCUGUAUCUCUGGAUUCCGAGGCUGAUGACUCUAUAUUGCUGAAUAUUGGCUCACAAAAUGACCAAACCGAUGGCUUGUUCACUCAAGUAUACCCUGUUUCUGCGAAUGGUACCACCGCAGAGAGAACAGCCACAGGCGACCGAUCGACAAUAUCAAAGGAGGAAUCACAUCGUCUCUUUUCCCAAAAGUACUCAGUCGCUCCGACGAUACUCGCCGAUCUCGAUCGCAAUGAUAUGGAGGUACAGGCUAAAUACUUGUUCUAUGACCGCGACAUCAAUGACAUCAACCUUCAAUUGCCGAUAUCGUGCACCGAAUGCUUAAAAGAGGGGCACCUUGCAGCAGUGUGUCCUUCCAAGGAG